AUGGAAAAGGAUAAAAAUCAAACCUCUGCUGCCUUAUUGGAGCAGUUGGUUUAUAUUGAUAAUUUUAUCAAUUCAGGGUCGAAUUCUACUGCUGGUGAUCAAACUCCAAACUUGGAUAUGGAUGGUCAACUUUCAAUCGACCUUGCUGCGUUUGCUGACGACUCGUUCAUCUUUCCAGAUGAAGAUAAACCCAAAGAUGAAGGACCGAGCGGUGACCAGAAUGAUUUCGAUCACAAUUUUGGUGCCCCAGAUCCACAUAUGAACCCACUUGACAUAUCACCGAUAGAUGCACAAUACAAUACUGGUGCUGGCACUGGUGCGAACAAGAAUAAUGUUCUUGGCAAUAUCAAUCUUUCUCUGCUCCCCAAGUUUCCGGUUCCGCCAGGAGCAAAAUCUUCGUUGGAAUCGGCGGGAUUAUCGCAAAAUCAAAUCGAUCUUCUAUCGGCUUUGAUAGCACAACAUCAGCAUUCGCAGGGAAACCAGGUGUAUGGUAUAAAUCCCGAAAAUGCUGGUGGAGAUCCUGAAAUGAUGGGGCAAUCGUCGUCUAUGAACUUGAGGAAUCUUCAGUACCAAUCUCCCGUCAGACAACAUAACCUGUUACAAUCUGAUGAUGCCAUCAGUAUCAAAUCAGAAUCAACAACCAUGUUUGAAACUCCUACACCACAAACGCCAUUUUCAAAUCAAGAAGACAAUGCGUCCGAGUUUGAUAAACGCAGGCGCAAUACGGCGGCUUCGGCACGAUUUAGAAUCAAGAAAAAGAUGAAGGAGAAGCAGAUGGAAGAUAAAAUCUCCAAUCUCAAUCAAUCAAUAAAACAAUUUGAAAACAAAAUCCAACAAUUGGAGGUGGAGAAUAGAAUUCUUCGUACCCUUAUUAUAGAGAAAGGAAGUGAAAAAUCCGAUAAUGAGCUAAAGAUGCUCAAGGAACGAGCUCGAUCUGGAAUAUAG